AUGACCCAGAAAGCGCAUCGCGACUAUCAGGAUGGCUUCGCCGGGAGGAUAGGAUGGGGUAAACGUCCGGCGCUGCUACUUGUCGAUGUUUGUAACGCCUACUGGAACGAUGCCAGCCCAUUGGACACCAAGUCGAACCCUGCGUCUGCGGCGGCGCCCGCGUCCAUCGCAAAACUCGUCUCUGCCGCCCGCCAAGGCAAAACGCCGUUGAUCUGGACGCGAGUCGAAUACACGAAGCCGGACAUGUCGGAUGCGGGCCUCUUCUACAGCAAAGUACCGCUACUCAAGCUGUUCCAAGUCGGCUGCGGGAACGGCCUGGAAAGUUGGUAUCCUGGUUUAGAGCCCGCCGCUGGUGAAGUCGUCGUCCCCAAGCGCUACCCGUCCGCAUUCUUCGGGACCGAUCUGGCUGCGCAACUCCAAAGUUGCAACGUCGAUACUGUCAUAAUCUGUGGUGUCGUGGGAGAAGCAUGCGGUGACUUAUCACCUGCGGUCCACAAAGCAAACCUUUCCGACAUCAAUGCAAAGAUGGCGGAUGUGGUUUCUGAGGAUGAAGCAAUUCAGAAGCUGCAGGCUGGAUGGAACUGA